AUUUUAGCUUCUCAAUGGGCUGGCCUGGAUUUCAGAAUUCUGAAAUGAGCUUAUCCGUAUUUUUCCCUUUUUUCUUUGAGAUAUCCCGCGUUGUGUAGAAGCCGGGUAACCAACUCAUUGUUACACGUUUUAUCGUCGUUUUGAACUCAAAAAAGUGAUAGGGUGUGUGAGAGAAAAAGGCAAAUUUCUCUGUGUUCUUGCGGCACUUUAUACGGAGUUCUAUUUUCCAAAAUCGGGUAAGGAAUGAAUCGUCGAGACGAUCCGAAUCCCUUUGAGGAAGAAGAGGUCAAUCCGUUCGCGCUGUUGAUCUGAUGCUGUGAUUUAUUCAAAGAUAUCACUAUAUGGGAAAAUUAAUAAUGAGAUAAUGGCUCUGCACCUGCUUCAAAGUCACGGAUUCCUUCAUUCUUACCUCAAUCCUUGGGUUUUGGCCACAAACAUGAUGCAACUGUAGACAUACCACUAGAUACUAUGAAUGAUCCUAAGAAAAGAGAGAAAGAGCUUGCAGCUUGGGAAGCAGAUUUGAAAAGGAGGGAGCAGGACAUAAAACGUAGAGAAGAUGCUGUUGCUAGAGUUGGCAUCCCCACAGAUGAUAAAAACUGGCCUCCAUUUUUUCCUAUUAUUCAUCAUGACAUAGCAAACGAAAUUCCAAUUCAUGCCCAGAGGUUGCAGUAUCUAGCUUUUGCAAGUUGGUUAGGUAUAGUUCUUUGUCUUGUGUUCAAUAUUCUUGCUGUGGUUGUAUGUUGGAUUAAGGGCGGAGGUGUCAAAAUCUUUUUCCUUGCAACAAUCUAUGCUUUACUUGGUUGUCCUCUUUCAUAUGUCCUAUGGUACAGGCCUCUUUAUCGUGCUAUGAGGACUGAUAGUGCACUGAAGUUUGGAUGGUUUUUCCUAUUUUACUUGCUCCACAUUGGUUUUUGUAUAUUUUCUGCUAUAGCCCCUCCAAUCGUCUUUCAUGGGAAAUCAUUGACGGGUAUACUUGCUGCAAUUGAUGUCUUCUCAGACCAUGUAUUGGUGGGGAUUUUCUACCUUAUUGGAUUUGGGUUGUUUUGUUUGGAGUCACUCCUGAGCUUGUGGGUACUUCAGAAAAUUUACAUGUAUUUCAGAGGGCAGAAGUGAAAACCGAUUCAAUGAUCAAUAUACCAAUUGAAUGUUCUACUGUAGCUGCUGCUUGUGGUGUCCCGACUUAACCCUUUUUUUAUAUAUAUAUAUAUAUAUAUUUUUUUUUACAUUUUACCCGUUUUAUUUGUGUUUGAUGAAUUAUUGAUGCACACCGAGUAACAUUCUUAGGUAGGUGUGCUAUAUAUAUAAUAUAUCUUCUAGGUUCCCAUAUAUUGUAAGAACUCAUCUCUCUUUUGUGCUUCUCUUUUACCAUUCAGUGUACUCUAAGCUGUGUUCGUUUGAUAGAAAAUAUGAGAGAAUGAACUUCCCUCAAGUUUCUGUUUCA